GUAUAACUAAGUGCAUUACCCAAACUCGCAAGCGACGUUUAAAAAAGUUAUUACUCUGCGUUUUUGGUUACUGUUUAUUGUCCGCGAAAGUUGGACCGAACUGCUGGGUUGUUUUAGGGAUGGCGUAAAACGGAUGGGUGAAGAAAUCAGAGUUAGUGACGUUGCAUAUCCUCUGUUUCACAGCAGGAAGGAAUUGAGCUCUUCUGCAAAGCUAUAAAAUGGACCAUGUUGCGCCAGACCGGUGAAUGCUUUGCUGGUGUUCUCUGCUUGGUAUUGUUUUUGUUUCACAUUAUUUAAGAAAUCAUCAUUCAAGUCAGUUUUAUGCCCAAUCAAUCAUCGUCAUGACAAAGAAAAGUCUCGUCGCAAAGAAACACUGGACGGUCGCAACAGCGGCAGUGCUUUACUUCUUUUGCAUUUCAUCUUUUAAUGCAGAACAUCCAUCUUGUCAUGGAGCUUACGACCUUUACUUUGUUCUGGACCGAUCCGGUAGUGUUUCGACUGACUGGGGUCAGAUCUAUGACUUCGUCAAAAAUCUUACAGACAGAUUUGUGAGUCCAAAUAUGAGAGUAUCCUUCAUAGUGUUUUCAGCCAGAGCAGAACUUGUGUUAUCACUUACUGGAGACAGAGCAAAAAUUAAUGAUGGCCUGAGGAGCUUAAGUGAGGUCAAACCAACAGGUGAAACCUACAUGCAUGAAGGAAUGAAAAUGGCAUCUGAACAAAUAAAAGAACAGGUAAAAAAAUCCUCUAGUAUCAUUGUGGCCUUGACUGAUGGAAAGCUUGAACCAUAUAUCCAUCAACUUACUAAGGAGGAGGCUGAUAUUGCAAGGAAGUAUGGGGCUCGCGUGUAUUGUGUUGGCGUUAAAGAGUUUGAUGAAGAACAGCUUGCUGAUAUCGCUGAUACCAGAGAGCAAGUGUUCCCAGUCAAAGGAGGCUUUCAAGCUCUCAAAGGAAUCGUUAACUCGAUCCUUAAGCAGUCAUGCACGGAGAUCCUCACGGUGGAGCCAUCCAGCGUCUGCGUGAACCAGUCUUUUGACAUCGUUUUGAGGGGGAGCGGGUUUACUCUGGGGAGACAAGAAGGAGUUCUCUGCAGUUUCAGUGUUGAUGGGGUUACUUACAAUGAAAAGCCAAGCAAGGUGAAGGAUGACUAUGUCCUGUGUUCCGCUCCUGUACUGUAUUCAGUGGGACAAAAAAUGGAGGUUCUGAUCAGUUUGAAUAGUGGCACAUCGUAUAUUACCAGUGCUUUCACCAUCACUGCCUCCUCAUGUUCGGACGGCACAGUGGUGGCCAUCGUGAUCUUGGUGCUAUUGAUCCUGUUGGCUUUGGCUCUGAUGUGGUGGUUCUGGCCUCUCUGCUGCACAAUCGUUAUUAAAGAUCCACCCCCUCAAAGACCUCCUCCACCACCUCCUGUGUCAGAGCCAGACCCUGUACCCAAGCAGAAGUGGCCAACUGUGGAUGCAUCUUACUAUGGGGGAAGAGGAGCUGGUGGAAUCAAACGCAUGGAGGUUCGUUGGGGAGAGAAAGGGUCAACAGAGGAGGGGGCAAGACUAGAGAAGGCCAAGAAUGCAGUGGUGUCAGUACCAGAGGAGACAGAAGAACCCAUGAUCAAAAAGCCAACCCCAUCCUCACCCACAUACCAUCAGUAUGAAUCCAAAUGGUAUACUCCUAUCAGGGGCCGCCUUGAGGCGCUGUGGGCUCUUCUGCAGCGGCAAUAUGACAGAGUAUCACUCAUGCGUCCCACUACAGCAGACCAGGGACGGUGUAUACAUUUCAGUCGGACGCAGCAUCAAUAGACGACAGUCUCCAGUCUCUGAAAUACUUAGACUUCCAAGCAUAUCAGAUGGGACAACAGAAAAAAAAAAAAUAUCCUGUAGAUGACAUAGCUUUUCUUUGGCUACUUUGGGGUAUCUUGGUUCAGUGUGAUGCACAAGGGAAACCCAUUUUGCUUACAAGUACUGGCUUUCCAAAACUUAAAUGAGUAUAAUAUGGUAUUGCUCAAGCUACUGAAUGGCAAGUGGAUGACAAAAUACAUUAAAAAAAUUGUCUGAUUGGUUUGCUUUUUGCACAGCAUAGGCCUUGUCAUAUUCUGACCAUAUUGUGCCUUCUGUGGAAAAAAUCUUAUGGACACAGAUGGAGGCUAUUUAAAAAAAAAAAUCAGAAUGAGAUGAGGCUCUUUGCCGUUGGCUGGGAAGUGGAACUAAUCCCAGUAGGCUCACGGAGUGCAGGAGUACUUUGCCUCUUGGCAAUGUCUCUUCACAAAAAUCUCUCCAAGCCCACUAUCAUCGGAUGCCUAGCGGGGCUUCUUUGACUGGAGAUCUUGUCAUUUUAACACUGAGAAGUGCACACGCAUGACAAAUUGUAGACAUAACGCCCUAAGGUAUUGGACGCAAUAAGAUUUGCCCUUUAGUUUGCGAAGACACCUUUCUAUCAGUGGAAGCACAGCAUAGAGAAAUUAAUAGAGCAUUAUUGCACCGCAAGACACCCUGUGACCAAAGUGCUCCGGCAAGGUUUUGAGGGACAGAUUUCCCUCUGGUGGUUGAUGCUUCCUCUUCACUCAUAAACCUUCCCAAUUCAUACACAUGCCCAUCAUUUAAAGGUUUUAAGACAUACAUACAGCUGUCUGCUCUCUGUAUUAAGCACCAAAUCUCUAAGAAUUUCAUCCAGAUGCAGAGGAAUAUCAAAGUUUCACUGAACUAACUAAAGGCAACUGCAAGCAGCAGCCUCAGAAGGUUUUUAUGAGGUUCAUCUUUGAAUGACCUUUUACUAGACUUGCCUCAAAAAGAGUUAAACAGAUUCUCUGCUUUGAUAACAUAAAGCCCUCAUCCAAUAGACUCGAAAGAUCAAACCGAAAGGAGCGACGAAUGGAAAAGUAUUGUUCAUUUCCAGAAAUUAUCCACAUUUCACUCCCCCUCUCCACUUGCACACAGAAAAGCAAGCAAUAUAUAUAUAUAUAUAUAUAUUUGUAAAUUUCUUCAAUGCGCUGUCAUGACGACAAUCGCGAAUGAUGUCAGUGUCAGUGGAAACACUGUGGGGGAGGAAGGGGGCGGCAGCUGAAUAAAAAGGCUCGAACGAUCCAGUCACUUUCGAUACGCUACUUCAGAUGCAAAAUGGAUAUUCAAGUCGAAAUCUGACAAAGCGUGCCGGCUUUGACGGGAAGUGGUAUAGACAAUGACCAGUGGCUGGGUCAGUGGGAUGUCUCGGUGCAAGCAGGGUAGCUUAUCAAAUGACACUAAAAAUAAGUUCAACAACCAUCAAGUUUGAGGGGGGAACAGAAUGGGGCGUGGUGUCUCACAUUUGGUGGGCAUGCAAGUGUGCAAGAUGGCAGGACCAUUGAAAAAAAAAGCCCUGGUUUAAUUAUUUCUUUGUUGCUCUCGUCAUAAUUGUAGGGACAUUCAUUUUUACUCCUCUUCACCCCCAGCCCACUCCUCCCCAAAAAAUGAAAGAACAAUAUGCAUAUUUUUAUUUUAGUUUAAACAUUGUAAUCGUUCUUUGAGUGGCACUUACAAGUAAGCCAUUGCACUUCUUGGACAGCUAGGUGAGUGUAAUUUUCAGUAUUUUAUAUGUAUUUCCUUUUAUAUGUCAGAGAUCACAGGAUGUCUAUUAACUGUUAUGAACAUUUUAAUUAGAUGUUUAUAUUUUAGUUGCAAUCUGGCUCACUAUCGUUACCAACGUCUUACAUAACUAUUUUUCCACCUCACCCAACAUCUGCUUUGCUUUCUCUUUUUUAUUAUUAUUGGGUUUUGCUUGUUUUAACUUUUUUUUAUUUUUUUUUUACUUUUUCUUGCAGUGUUAUAUUUAUAUGUUAAGUAUGAUUGUGGUAAAUGUAAGGUUUGUGUGUGUGUGUGUGUGUGUGUGGGUGUGUGGGCGUGUGGGCGUGUUUUUGGUGGUUUACGAGGACAGUUUUUUACCAACAUGUGUGUGUGUGUGUGUGUGUGUGAGAGAGAGAGACAGAGAGAGAGAGAGAAAGAGUUGGUAAAACUUUACAAUAAUGUUCCAUUUGUUAACCUUAGUUAAUGCAUAAGUGUGUGUUUUUUAUAUGUUUUGGGCGCAUUAAUGUGUGUUGAGGAGAACUUUAAACCAGGUUGAUUUUAAACCUGUGUGUGGACAGUAUUGGGUUUAUGCUUUGUCAUUUUGAAUAAAGAGCACCAGCUACAAAAAUAGUAUUAGUAAUUUAUGUAAAAUAUGUUAUGAUUGACUGCACCCGUUUCAGCUUUGAAAAUGAGAACAUUAAAAAUUUUUGAUGUAGAAUUUGGAUAGAAAAAACAAGUUUUUUGAACAACUGAAUGUUUACAACUGUGCACUAUUUUUUGUACAUUUAAAUCAAAGUCAAAUGUAUUACAUACAGUGAUAAUUUUUAAUGUACUUAAAGCUACACUAUGUAACUUUUUAUUUUGUUUGUUAAAAAACAACAAAAUGUUAUUAAUGAGAGAGCAAAAAAAAAAUCCAUCUUCCAAACCAUGUAUUUACCCAAAUACACUUUGAUAAACCUAUAAUAAUGAUUUAUAUUUUAGAGCUGUCAGGAUGGAUUUCACGGGAAAUUGCACACAUACAUCAUUCGCCUGUGCGUGUUCACGUCAUAUCCGUACACAGAGAAAAUAAGAUCCGGCUAUUGUAGCGUGUGUGUGGGAGUAGCUGAAGCUUAAAGUUUGUUGUCACAACGAACAAGAAUAAUUGAACAUGGAUCAUUCAAAACGGCAAACCUCCGGGGAAUCACCGGUUGUAAAAACAAAGAAAUCCCAAACAGAGCAGAGUCUACAAGCAUAAAGGGAAAGCGACAGAGUCCGUAAUAAAGCCCGAAUCAACAUCGGCUUGGCUUUUCAGAGGUAACGACAACUCCGAGAUCUGAAAGGAUUUAAAAGCGACACAGAGAUGGCUUUUUCUUACUCAACAGGUAAGAUAUUUUAUUGAUAUGGUUUAUGUAUAGCUGUGUAAUCACACACACAAAUGCAAUACAAUAAUUAUACUGUAAUCGGUGAAGAACUUUUCACUUGCUAGCAGACGUGCGUAUUUUUCUUUAUAACGGCAAUAAUUUAGUACUAGGCUUGCCAAGGACAUGUGAGUCUUGGAAUGAUACUGACCACUGGUUGAUAACCAUGACAAUCUAUAAAUGACUGUGGUCUAUUUGGCCAGAAUAUUCUGCAGUUAAAAAUUUUUUACAACAUUUGACCUUAUCAGACUAGCAAUCGUUAUGUCUAACGUUAAGGAACGUUGCCUAAUUUUUGUAACGUAAUUUAUUUUAAAACAUCAAUGUUUCCAAUAAGUCAAAAUAACAGCAUAAUAUAUGGCACUUACCUACUCAGGUGACGUGUUUUCGGAUAUCCGUCUUUUCCUUUCUUUCGUAAUUUAUUUGUCCAUUCACUCUGAUAAGAUGUCCUGUAUUUAUGUGUACACUGGUGCCUCAUACCACAUUUAUCCACGCAGAGGAGCAGAGCUGAAGCACAACUUGCAUCAUUACCAAAACAAUGUUCUUCCACAAGAUGCGUACAGUUUUAUUUUUUAACCGCUAGAGGGCCAAAAGUUACAUAGUGUAGCUUUAGAAAUAUAUAUAUAUAUAUCUUUUUUGACAUUUUAUUAAGUUACAGUAGUACAUGCAGCCCUGGUCAUAGAAUGCCUCAUUAUGUCCCACUGCAGUUUGGCCAGUGAAUUUAAUUUAGACAGUAAUUUAUUUCCUUACUAGUCUAUACAAAAUAUAGACUAAUUAUCAUGUUUUCUUAUUAGAUCCAUAUUCAUAUUUAUGUGUAAUGUAAUUUCAUUGUUUUUUAUUUUAUUUUUUUGUCUUAAAAUAUGGGUCAGAGGAUGCAAACAGUGCAGUGGUUAAAAACUGUUAUUAAAUAAGUAGUAGUAACCAAAUAUUAUAUAAUAUAACAGUAUAUAAAUAAUACAAAACAAUUCCAGUGCAAUUUAAUUUCUCCCAAAUGCACAGAGAUUAAUUGAAAAUAAUGAAUUAAAUUGAUAUACAAAAAAUGUGUGGACAUUGAAUUUGCCCUUAUAAUAGUGUUUAGUACAUACUUGGCACUGGCCAUAUGUUUUCUGCAAACUGCAUGCAUCAAUUUUACAAUGUUGACAUUAAUUAUUAAUGUUGACGUUUGUUUCUCAUCCACAUCAAAUAAUACUGAAUAAUUAUUUGAUAAGCUCAAGUGCAGAGAGCAAAUGACAAUCAGAUCAACAGAAGCAGAUAUAAAUGAAUAGCAGUACCUUAAGCAAUUUUCAGCAUGGUCACUAUGUUAGUCAUUUUCUGCAUUUUUUGUACUUGUUUUCUUUUUCAUAUAGUAGAUUUCUGCUAUGACACCAUAAAUACAAAAGCAUUUUAGUACAUAUCAUGUUGUCAGAUUAAUUAUUUCAGAUGAAUCGCAUUUCUAAAAUCUCUUCUUGACAUUUUCCUCUUUCAGCCUUUAGUCGAGUUUUGGAAAAUGUUGUAUCUUUUGUAUUUUGACUUAAUUUGUACAAAAUAAAUAGUAAAAUUCU